ACACCAAAUCGGUUGACGAUUUCCCCCUGUUUUGCCCCAUUUUUUGAUUCACGGACUUCCGAUGAUCAAAUUUGAUCAACGGUUUUCCGCAUGCGCAGUUCUCAAGAAGGACAACUGUUACAUUAGUUUUCAAACAAACAUGGAGGAUUUAGAUACAUUGGAAUUAUUGCAGUUGAUAUCAGAUUGGAGGUGAAUAAUUUACACUGACAGAGUUUCUGAUGUGGAUUUGUUAGAUGAAUGUGAUUUUGUUUCCAAUGCAUUUUAUCUUUGAGAAGGAGAAAUUAAGCAUCAAUAUCUUACGAAACAGUGCUGUAACUACUGAAGAGAAAUUGUGUAUUGCCUUACGUUUUUUUGCUUCAGGAAGUCAUCAACAAAUAAUUGGUGAUUUCGAUCAAACUAGCCAGUCAUCAUGUUGCCGGGCUAUAAAUGAAGUAUCUAGAUGUAUAGCUGAAAUGAGGCCAAGAUUCAUUUACCUACCAAAUAAUGAAUCUGAGCGACUUGAGAUUAAAAACUUGCAAAGAUAUGGAAGAAAUAAGGAACAGCCUUUUCCUUCUGAAAAAAAAAGAAAAGAAAGAAAGAAAAGCAACAAACAAAAAAAUCUUUUUCAUCUGUCUGGUGAUGAUUAUACAGGAUUGCUUUUUGUAUUUUUGAAACUUUCCUGUAUGACUCAUUUCCAUGAUUGUACACUGUUUUCAUAUGGAAAAUGA